AUGAUCAGUUUUGUCUGUGCACGGUGAGCAACUAGUUUACAUUUUAUCAUUGUUCUGAUUUCAGAGACCGUUUCGUGCAGAACCAUUGCAAAGUGCUCGCCAUCACGCUCUCGCGGCUUCUCUGCCUUUUCAUCACGGGGUUUUGUCUUUAUACGGUCCCAGAGUGGUGUAAGUACAUAUGUUUCUUUUCAAAAAUGGAUUCAAAAACAAAGCAAAGCAAGUUCAGUUGAAAUCAAGGCGAACGUCUUCGAGUCUGCCCUCUGCUGGGCUCUUUUUGCUUUUCACAUCACCGCAACGUCUUCCACAAUCACUCUGGUUUUUGCCGUUUUUGUUUCCGAAGAGCUUUACCUUAACUAUAACUGGCGUGCCUGCAAAGAGUUCUUCUGUGGUAAGACCAUCCGAAUUGCGCCGCCGGAGUACAUCGACACACUCGCUCAUCUGUCAUUGCCGCCGAGCUACGAGGACGCUGUUGCUUCCCCUCCUCCAGGUUUAGUUGUGUUCAGACCAGCCUAGCCCGGCCCGCGACAAGUCUGAUUAUGUUUCGUUUCAGAAUACACUCCAACCGAUAGUACGUCAUCGCAACCGCUUCAGGACACCGAAAGCUACGUGGUCACCAUCAACAGGGCCGGCGUUCAGUUCAGCCGUGUUUCUGUUGAAAGAAACGAGGAACACGAGAGUGCUUCGUAA